AUGUACACCUACCUUUCGCGAAGGGCAUUCGGCGAUGGCCCGAAUCAACAAACCCUCGGCACUGGGGGCAUUAUAGGAAUCGUAAUCGCUGGCCUGAUUCUAUUCGGGGGAGUGGUCUAUUCGGUGAUAUUCUGGUUGAGAGUGGUACCUCAACAAGCGAGGAGGGAUAUAAGGGCUUCGAGAAGGCCACGCACGCAUACACAUAUGGGCGGUUGGCCAGGAACACCUGGAACCGGGCCCCAGCCUUCGUUUGGUGGAUUGCCAGGCCCAAUUCCGGGUCAACACUUCACUGAUCCAGACCCUGUUUUCUCAACGGCCGGUCAUGGACAUACGAACAGUCAUUUCAGGGGGGGACACUCUAGUGUUCGGUCCAGAUCCAGAACUCAUGGCAGCCAUUUCGAGGGAGGCAAUUUUGGCGGCUCUCACAUGGGCGAUGGCCAUGGGCUUGGUAAUUUCGGUGGAGGUGCACCAACAAACUUUGCAAACAAUAUGGGCGGCCAAAGUGUCUAUUCGGACACUCCUGCUACCCGUGGAGGCUUCGCAAGCAGAGGACGCAGUCGAGGUAGGAGUGGGCGCUUUGCUUCUCAGGGACGCGGUGGUGGACUAGGUAGCGUCUACUCAGUGAGUACUCAAGGAGGUGCUGGCUUUUCAGGAGGUGGUCGUGGAAAUGAUAGCAACCUAAACUGCAUUUUGAAAUUGGUCUUCACCUGA